UGUUGGCUUCACGAACUUGAUGCUGGUACCGCUGCUCAAACUCCACCAGUUUGACACUCGCUGAAAUAUUUCUGACAUUUGCUCAAUUACUGACUCGCGUGAAGACUUUCGGAACCAAUGGGCUGACGGAGGAGACUGGAAUUAUGCCGUUCAGAACCGACGUGCUCAAGUGGAUCAGCGGCAGAUUUGUUUGAUCCCAGGGAGAAGAUGAGAACCGCGAACAUGAGGAGGUGGAUGAGUAAACAGUGAUGUCACUAGGGAGGAGGAGGAGGAGUGGGACCACCACCUCCCUUCCUCUCGCUGAAGGAGUCGGCCAGACGAGCCAGAAGUCAUGGAGAGUGGACAGGUGUGGAGAGACAGUUUCUAGACCGGAGACAGGCUUCACGUCCUUGAGUUCUUGAGUGGUGACCUGAAGACCAACAGCAUGUACAGUGGAUAUGGAGGGGGUCCGUCCCGAACUCUCUCCACCAUGUCACUGUCAGUGCGUCCAGUCAGACGCCUCGCCUCCAAGUCCAUCACUAGGAGCCAAAGCUUCACCGGAGUCAACACGUCUGACAAGCCGUACAGACAUCUGUCCGUGUUCAGCACGCCGGGCCUGAGCAGAAGGCCAAGCAGAGCCAGCAGGAUGUUCACCGUCUCCCAACGCUCCAGCCCUCUUUCCAAGGUUCCUCAACCGGAGCGGCUGGAUGAGGUCUACGCAGCUCUGCGCAGAGGUCUCCAGUCCUACCUGCAGGUCCACCAGAUGGACUUGGACAAUCUGAGCCGGCAAAUGAAGGAGUCCAAGCGGAACUCUCGACUGGGUUUCCUGUAUGAACUAGACAAGCAAGUGAAGAUGAUCGAGCGCUACAUCCGCAGACUGGAGUUCCACCUCAGUAAGAUCGAGGAGUUGUACGAAGCCUACUGCCUGCAGCGGAGGCUCCGGGACGGAGCUAACAAGAUGGUGAACGCGUACACGGGCUCCUCAGUCAGCAAGGGAGCCAGGGAAAGUCUGGCCGAGGCAAACAAGGGAUACAAGGAGUACACAGAGAACAUGUGUGUGCUGGAGAACGAGCUGGAGAACCAGCUGGGGGAGUUCCACAUCAAGAUGAAGGGGUUGGCCGGGUUUGCUCGGCUGUGUGCUGGAGACCAGUAUGAGAUCUUCAUGAAAUACGGGCGCCAGCGGUGGAAGCUGCGCGGCAGGAUAGAGAUGAACGGCAAGCAGGUCUGGGACAGCGAAGAUAUGAUGUUACUGCCGCUCAUCAACGACUUCCUGUCCAUAAAGGUGACAGAGCUGAAGAGUUUAGCCAACCACGUGAUCGUCGGGAGUAUUUCCUGCGAGACCAAGGACCUUUUCUCUGCACUUCCUCAAACUGUCGCCGUUGAUAUUAACGACCUCGGGACCAUCAAGCUCAGUCUGGAGGUCACCUGGAAUCCGUUUGAUAAGGACGACCAGACUUCGGUCACCAGCACUGUGAACAAAGCUUCGACCGUCAACAAGAGAUUCUCCACGCUCUUCAACCAGAGUCCGCCAGACACGCCGUCUCUGCGGGAACAAGCCUUCUAUUCUCUGCCUCGGAAUCUGACUCGACGGCAGCACUGGCCGCUGUUGGACACCUUCAGGGACACGCUUAGCCGAAGUUGCUCCUGUAGUGACAAGUCUCCCACGAGGCCGCACACUGUCAACAUGCUGCGGCGCCACGAGGAGAUGGAGAACGGGACGGCCUGGUCCAAUUCCUCCGAGUCCUCAGACGACUCGUCCAGUCCUCAGCUUUCUGCGGGGCAGCACAACUCCUCCCACCACAAGACGCUGGUGAUACCGACCAUCCAGCCGGUUCAUCUGAGACAGCCCUCGCUGCCUGUCCACCGAGACUCCCCCUCCUCCAGUCUGUUCUCGUCACACUCGAGCGUCGACAUCCCAGCCGAUCACCUGUCCGACAGCCAAAGAGAAGAACCAGCCGCAGCCAAACAUGACGAAGAAGCAGCGGAUGGUGCUCCCUCAGAGGGGUCUCUCAGCCACACCAGCAACUACUCGCGCUCGCUCAGCCACAUCAGCGAGAGCAGCGCAGACGGAGCCACGGACCGGCCGACGUGCGAGGACUCCGUGGUGUCCGCCGUCUCCGUCAACGAUAUCGAGAUGGAGCUCCCCGACAGAACUCCAGAACCUCCUGCCCCUGCCGCUGCAGAUGCCACACCAGAAAGAGUAGAGGGGAAUAGUCUGGUGGAGCCCGGCGAUCGUCCGGAGGAGACGCUCGGCCUCACGUCUCCAGGAACAAACUCUACGGAGGAGAGCGGGGAUGUGACCUACCUGGCCCGGCGAGUGUCGGUGGAGGAGGACGUCUCAGAGGUGCCGCUGGACAGCGGGCUGGAGAACGCGCUGGGCUCUGUAGUGUCGUCUCUGGACGACUACCGAGGACAGUUUCCUGAACUCCAGCUGCUGGAACAAGAACUGAGGCUGCUGCAAGUCACACUGAAGGGGGGCAGACACAGCCGAACUCCCAGUCUGGUCAGUCUCACUGUGGAAACUGCUCUGUGCAGCUUCAACUUCCUCAAUGUGUCGGAUGGCGAGGACGAAGAGGAGGAGAGGACGAGUCGGAAUGGGAGUUCUCUGCAGGACAGAGACUGGGACUGCUGCUCCUCUCCAGCGUCACCGCUCACCACGGGCUGUGCGGACCUAGACUGCACCCUAGUGGUGCAUUUGAUGAACUGCAGUGCCCAGUUGCUGCGACUGGGAACGUUCGGCCCUCUGAGGUGCGGGGAGAUGUACGCGCUGGACAACCUACUGAGAGAAGUCCGUGUCAUCGAGAUCGUGCGGCGAGUCAUCAAGGAGAAUCUUCAGCGUCUCCCGCUGCCGUCUGAAGUGAUACCUGAGCUGGGCCUGUGCAUGGGUGCUGUGUCGCUAUGGCAACAGUGCAUGGGGAUGGACAGCGUGUACAGCACCUCUGCAGAGAAGUUUGUGGACGCUUUGACCAGCACCUACAGCAGCGUCCUGCCAGAGAAGGCCAGCAGCAUGGCAGAAGCAGUGUUCACCAAUCUGGCAGAAAGAGUGCUGACUCAGCGGCUGCCAAAACGAGAUGGCAACAGGAACAGCGUGACGCUGACUCUGUUUCAGUUUUGGAGCUACCUGGAGGCCAACGGCAUCACAAACAUGAAGUCUCAUGUCACUGAGCUGGCAGAAGAAGUCUGGCUGGUGCAUACUCUGAUGUCAUGUGACCAAGACCAGAUCAUCCAAGCUCUGCGGCGCCCCACGGAGUGCAGUCUGCGGCGAGAGGGUCUUCAUGCUGUGGCCAGGCUGCUGAAGGACCCCAGAGGGAAGGUGAUGGCCUCGGCUAGCUCAGCGCUGAGGAGCGUGGCCACGCAGCCGCGGCAUCGGGAGCAGGCUCUGGUCCACUGUCUGGAGCUGCUGGAGGAUGAACACGUGCUGACGCGGGUUUGUGGAUGCAAGGCUCUUGCUUGUCUGAAGGCGAAAGAGAGCAUCGACCAGCUGGUGUAUCUGUGUCGCACCGACAAGGAAGAAGUCAGAGAUGCUGCCAAACAAGCUCUUCUCGCGCUGGGCGAGGAGGGGAAGAUGGCCUACAGACACGUGGAGACGUCUCAGGAGGUCAUCCCGAGUCUCUUUGCGCCCGGAAGCAUGGCCAGCACUGCUUUCUAACGGCGCCGCUGUCGGAAUGUUCCGCCCGAUUCAUCACUCUGGUCGUGCUGCGUUCACUUCUGGCUGCUGUCUAAGAUUGCACAUUUGGAUUCUGGAGACUAGGAAUGGAUUCAAGUUCAUGACCUCAUGGAAACUCUCAGAUUUGGGCUUUAAUUGACACCAAGCUCACAAGUGCCAAACUUUAUACUACUGAGGUUAUUUUUGUCUUAAAGCUGCUUGUUUGAUUCGUGGCGCUGUCGACAGUGAACCCUCCCUUCGUCUUCACUUAAUCCCAAUAUAGAUUACUCAACUCUGGAUUAGUUUGUGACUCAAACUUGAGCUUUUUCUUGAACACAGUUUGGCCCAGCUCACAGGUGUGUUGGUCAACCAGGAGGUCUGAGGGGCGAUGCAUUCACGUGCUGCCUGCAAUUCAGAAUUGUCAAGGAAAACUUAUGUUAUGAAAACUGUUAUGCUCCGAGAGAGUCGGCCGUAACAUAAUGACCACUCAACCUCCGAAACUGCAUAGUUAGUUGCUUCGAUAGUUUGCUUAUGAUUAUUCAGCGUCCCUGUUUACUGUAUUCUCUGCUUACCCACAACUGUACUGCACUUUCACCAAAAUAUUCAUAUAAUUUCAUGUUUUUUAAAUUGAAUUCAGAUUGAUCAUUAGCUGUGGUGCUGACCUCAAGAGCAAGAUUGAGGCAGAGUUCACCUGCACAUGUGUUGCUGGGGGAGGAGUGGAGAGGAAAGAGUGGUUGGGUGGAGGUUAGAUGAGUGGAUGGAUGGAGGAUACUCCGGCGGGAUUGUAGGUGAGUGAGUAAGGUUUUUAAAGAUGUUAGUUCUCAUGGUGUGUUCAUGUUCCCAGUUCAUGCCAGACAAAGGGGCAGGUUGUGCUGGAUUAUGGUGCUGUGUUCUUGCCUGGGUUUCCUCCAGGUACUCCUCCCAAGGUGUAAAAUCAGUGCUGUGUUUUUAAGGCUGUCAGUCUUCAUGUGCCUUGUAAUGGACGGCGUGUGACCCUGAGUAGCUGGGACUCUGCCUGUUUGUAAAAAGACUGACUCUCAGUGUGGGAGGAGAGGUUGGUGAGUACUGACGGAUGUCACGUGACAACUGUGGUGAGAAGCACCUUCCCCUGCAGGAGACAAAAGCUGCAGUUUGGUGGUCAUAAUGCGCAGAACAUGUUGAUCUUGAAUUUAAUUUUAGAAGGUAAUCCUGAGUAUUCUGACGGCACCUGAAUGCAUCACGAGAACAGAAGAACAAGGCAACUCAUGGUGACAUCUGUAGUCUGGGCGACCAGUGUUUGGCUGUGGAGCUGAGGCGUCUGUCUUCCGUCUAAAGCACCGCUGCAUUUCCUGUGUGCACUAACUCACCUUUAGAAGCGUGUCCUCAGCCAAAGAUGUAGUGAAAACUGCUUGAUCUCUGGACCCCCACUGUGACCGCAGCAGCGACUCACGGCAGCUGGAUCUUGUUUUCUACUGUUUCUGUCCUCGUGCUCGCCUGCUGUCUCUCUGCUGCCAAAUGUUGAUCACGCGCUCUGUUUUCUGUUAAAUUAAUUUGCAAAUGAACUUGUAUAUGAAGACAUUUUGAUUAAUCCAUUUGAUGUUUCAACUGUAUUUAUACUUCCUGUUUUACCAUGACUUUUAUUGGGGGAAAAGGCAAUAGCAGUUUUUCAUUUUCUUUACUCUUCAACAUUAAACUACAAAUCCUCAUGAA